AUGAGUCUCUGUGAAAAGAGAGAGGAGGAGGAGGAUGUUCCCACACAUGAAACAGCAGCUCCUGAAUCCAGUUGUGUUUCUGUGAAGAGUGACGAGUCCAUAGAAAACCCCCGUGAUCUCAAGGAUGGAGCAGCGACCUCAGACUCUGAAGUGAAGAGUGAUGAUGUAAUCAGAUCAGUUACAUUCUAUCUGACACGCUUUGUCUCCUACUUGAGAGAUCAAUAUAAAACCAGUAUGAAGAACAAGUAUGAGAGUUUAUUUGAGGGAAUCGCACUAGAAGAGAAUGAAACCCCUUUGAACUGGAUCUACACACAGCUCUACAUCAUAGAAGGAGAGAUUGAAGGGGUGAAUAAAGAAUAUGAGGUUUUACAGAUUGAGAAAAUAGCCAGAACACAAGACACUCCAAUCUACUGCAAUGACAUCUUUAAACCCUUACAUGAACCAGGAUCUGAGGAGAAAGACAAAAUCAAGACUGUUCUUACUAUAGGCAUCGCUGGAAUUGGAAAAACUGUCUCUGUACAGAAGUUCAUUCUGGACUGGGCAGAGGAAAAAGCCAAUCAGGAUGUAGAUUUCAUGUUUGUGCUUCCAUUUCGAGAACUGAACUUGAUUAAAGAUCACCAGUAUAGUCUUCACAGACUUCUGCUGGACUUUUAUCCUGAACUUCAAAAUCUGGACUCAAAGAUUUAUGAAGAGAGUAAAGUUGUGUUCAUCUUUGAUGGUCUGGAUGAAAGCAGAAUUCCACUGACAUUUUCAGAUGAUGAGAGAGUCCUUGAUAUGAAUAAGUCUUCUUCAGUGAGUGUGUUGAUGUCAAACCUCAUCAGAGGAGAGCUGCUUCCCUCUGCUUUCAUCUGGAUCACCUCCAGACCAGCAGCAGCUAAUCAGAUUCCCUCAAAAUACAUCAACCGUGUGACAGAAAUUCAGGGAUUUAAUGAGUCUCAGAAAGAGGAAUAUUUCAGGAAGAGAAUCAGUGAUGAGCAUGAAGCCAGCAGAAUCAUCUCACACAUCAGAAGAUCAAGAAGCCUCCACAUCAUGUGUCACAUCCCUGUCUUCUGCUGGAUCUCAGCCACAGUGCUUCAGAACCUCCUGAAACAAGAUGACAGUGCAGAAAUCCCUCAAACUCUGACUGAAAUGUACAUCCACUUUCUGCUGACUCAGAUCAACCUUAGGAAUCAGAAGUAUGAUGAGAAAGAUCCAGAAAAACUCCUGAAGUCCAACAGAAGAGUGAUUGUGAAACUUGCUGAACUGGCUUUCAGACAGCUGAUGAAGGGCAAUGUGAUCUUCUAUGAGGAGGACCUGAUUGAGAGCGGCAUAUACGUCACUGAUGCCUCAGUGUAUUCUCAAAUCUUUAAAGAGGAAUCUGUGAUACAUCAGAGGAAAGUUUACAGCUUCAUACAUCUGAGCUUUCAACAGUUUCUAGCUGCAUUUUUUGUGUUUUACUCAAAUGUUGUCAAAAAUAGGGAAUCACUGCACUUGCUCUUGGAUGGAUGUAACUGGAAAAUCUGGGAAUGCCGUCUUCUACAUGAGAUACUAAAAGCAGCAGUUAAUAAAUUAUUACAGAGCAAAAAUGGACACCUGGAUCAUUUCUUGCGGUUCCUGAUGGCCGUCUCACUGGAGUCAAAUCAGAGACUUCUAAAGGAUCUACUGACACACACAGUGAACAACUUGGAAACAAUCAAUAGAAUCACACAGUACAUUAAAAACAAAAUUAAGGGUGAUCUCUCAGCUGACAGAUGCAACAAUCUGUUCCUCUGUCUGAUGGAAAUGAAGGAUCAGACUCUGUACAAAGAGAUUCAGGAGUUUGUGAAAUCAGAGAAUCGCUAUGUGAAUAAACUCUCUCCGUCUCACUGCUCAACAAUCGCCUACAUGCUUAAGAUAUCAGAGGAGGUGCUGGAUGUGUUUGAUCUGAAGAAAUACAACACAUCAGACGAGGGUAAAGAGAGACUGAUACUAGCUGUGGUGAACUGCAGAAAAGCUAUACUUGCUGACUGUAAUCUCACUGGUCAGUGUUGUGAAAGUUUGUCUUCAUCUCUACAAUCAUCAAACUCUCUGAGAGAGCUGGACCUGAGCCACAAUGACCUGGAUGUUACAGAAGUGGAGCUGCUUUCUAUUGGACUAAAGAGUUCACACUGUCAACUCAACAUGCUGAGAUUAACAAGCUGUAAACUCACUGGUCAGUGCUGUAAAAGCUUAUCUUCAUUUCUACAAUCAUCAAUCUCACUGAGAGAGCUGGACCUGAGUAAUAAUGAUCUGCAGGAUUCAGGAGUGAAGCUGCUCUCUGAUGGACUGAAGAGCUCAAACUGUCAACUCAACAUACUGAGAUUAACAAGCUGUAAACUCACUGGUCAGUGCUGUAAAAGCUUAUCUUCAUUUCUACAAUCAUCAAACUCACUGAGAGAGCUGGACCUGAGUAAUAAUGAUCUGCAGGAUUCAGGAGUGAAGCUGCUCUCUGAUGGACUGAAGAGCUCAAACUGUCAACUCAACAUACUGAGAUUUUCACGCUGUAUGGUGACAGAGGAAGGUUGUUCUUUUCUGGCUUCAGCUCUGAGUUCAAACCCCUCACACUUGCAAGAACUGGAUCUGAGCUACAAUCACCCAGGACAAUCAUUAAUUGAGCUGCUCUCUGAUCCAAACUACAAAUUGGAAAAACUCAAUGUGGAACAUGGAGGAGCGUUCAGGAUUACAGAAGGACCACAGAAAUAUGCAUGUGAUCUCACACUGGAUUUAAACACAGCAGGCACUUUUCUCACUCUGUCUGAGAUGAACAGAAAAGUGACACAUGCGACAGAGAAACAGCCAUAUCCUGAUCAUUCAGAGAGAUUUGAUGAAUGGUGUCAGGUUCUGUGUAGAGAGAGUCUGACUGGACGCUGUUACUGGGAGGCUGAAUGGAGUGAGAGGGCUGAUAUAUCAGUGACAUAUAAAGGAAUCAGUAGGAAAAGGUGGUGUACUGAAAGUUUGCUUGGGCACAAUGAAAAGUCUUGGAGUUUGAAUUGUUUUGAUAACAAAUUUAUUGUGAGACACAAUAAGUACAGAAAAGUCAUACCUGCCCCUUUAAGAAUCUCUAACAGAAUAGGAGUGUAUCUGGACUGGACGUCCGGCACUCUGUCCUUCUACAGUGUCUCUGACACACACACACUCACACACUUACACACAUUCAACACCAAAUUCACUGAACCCCUCUAUGCUGGAUUUGGGCUUUAUCCUCAUUUGUCAGUGUCUCUUUGUUAG